AUGAUGGCACCGGAGCCGGCCGCGCUACCGGACGACGUCCUCGCGGAGGUCCUCCGGCGCCUCACGCCGCUCGCCCUGGCCGCGUCCAGGCGGGUCUGCAGGGCGUGGCGCGGCGCCGUCGACACCCGCCUGCGAGGCCACCUGCUCUCGCGCUCCGUCCGCGGCAUCUUCAUCAACUUCACCGCGUACCGGAACCACUUCUCGGAGUUCUUCUACCGCCCCUCGACCGGGCCGCCGAUCUGCGGAGGGCUCGGCUUCCUUCCCUGCAAAGGCAUCAAGGUCGCGGACCACUGCAACGGGCUCCUGCUCUGCGCCGACCAGGAGCGCCGCGAGUACGUGGUAAACCCGGCCACGCGCCGGUGGGCGCGUCUGCCCCGACGACCUCCACCGCACAUGCCGGGGUUAAUCCUGAGCUCCUACCUCGCCUUCGAGCCCGCCGUGUCGCCGCACUACGAGGUUUUCGUGGUCGCGCGCCUGCCAGCUGCCGGCCAAUCGGACGGCGACGGCGAAUCAUACAAAGACGACUCGUGGUUGCUUGAAUCGGAGUGGCCUCCCACGUCAUACGUGUUGCACGUGUUUUCGUCGAAGGCGGAUUGGUGGGAAGAGAAGACGUUUCUCCGGGAAGGGGAGGCCAGAGGGACCGUCGCCGACAUGGAUUCAGAUCCACCGUAUGAUCGGUAUCGGUACCAUGCCGUCUACUGGCGAGGCGCGCUCUACAUCCACUGCCAACAUUGCUUUCUUACGAGAAUGUCCUUGUCAAACCACAUGUACAGAGCAAUCGGACUACCAGGUGCACAUGAGUUGGGAGGAUACCCCAGCUACUAUUUGGGUAGGUCGCUCAGAGGGGUGUAUUGCGCAAAAGAUAUUUACGACCAUAGACUCCAGCUUUGGCAUCUCGACGAAUCACGCAUUCAAACUGAAUGGGUGUUAAAGCAUGAUAUCAAUCUCGAGGCGUUUUCACGCAAGUUCUACGAGCUUAACGAUAUGUUAUUUGAGAAGUUUGAGGAGGACCCUGCUCAACAAGUGGGCGGACCAUGGAUAAUAGAGGAUGUUAACUACCAAAAGGACUUCGAGUACUAUGGAAAUAUAGAGUACAAUGCACCAGUGGAACAGAAAUAUGACUGGAACUCUGAUGAGGAUGACAUUCUUGACAUUGAAGAUGUCGUUGAAGGAAACUAUAGCGGAAAUUAUCAUUUCCUUGGAUUUCAUCCUUAUAAAGAGAUUGUCUAUUUGGACUUUUCUGUAGAUAGAGGAGUGGCCUACGAUUGGAACAACUCGAAAUUCCAAGACUUGGGCAACUUACAACCAGAAGAUUACCAUUACGGCGUACCCGGGACAGAUUCAUCUUUCGUAUAUACUCCUUGUUGGAUGGGCGAGUUUCCAGGAAACGAAUUGGAAACUUAACUUAACCUAG